GCAUGACAGUAGACAGUGCCACCAUGGAAGACAUGGAAGCCAAGGCCGAACAGCUCGGUCUCCAACUCUCCUCCAUAGACUUGAACUCUGCACACCCACCUCACUUUAAUUUCAGUGAAUGCCAAGAAGUGUUUUACGACGACAAUGGUUUCAUUCCCAAUAUUGAGUUUGGGAGUGUGAUCGUGGUUAAUAACCUUCCCAUUGUGGAGGCAGAGAUGGCCCAGGAGCUCGAAAGCGAGAUUCGAGUGGUGUUUAGUGAACCAAAACACUUCUUGAAGCAGAGAAGAAGAGGAGAGGAGGAGAGAGAUUUGGAAAAACAGAACACAAAACAUGCUCUGAGAGAUGGGCUAAACGCUGGUGCCAUAGCUGGUGUUCUUGAGCUAGACUGA